ACGUGUCGGAUGAUGUAGAAGCGUAUCAUCGUUCCAUCGGGAUGACCCCGGCUCCAAGAGCUGCUAAGGACCUGCAGCCUGCUGUGGGAGUCCAGUCCACUGUAAUAGGACCGAAGCUUUGUUACAUCAUGCUGGGUCCCCUGUUUCGUGCCCACGGUCUCCUGGUGGCCUCACACCCAUGGGAGGUGAUAGUUGGCACAAUCACCCUCACCAUCUGCAUGCUGUCCAUGAACAUGUUCACUGGCAAUGAUCAAAUCUGCGGCUGGAACCUGGACUGUCCCAAAACAGAAGAGGAAAUUCUUAGCAGUGACAUUAUCAUCCUGACCAUCACCCGUUGUAUAGCCAUUGUCUACAUAUAUUUCCAGUUCCAGAGCUUAAGACAGCUGGGAUCCAAAUACAUUCUGGGUAUUGCUGGUCUUUUUACCAUUUUUUCCAGCUUUGUGUUCAGCACAGUUGUCAUUCACUUUUUUGACAAGGAGCUCACUGGCCUCAAUGAGGCACUGCCCUUUUUCUUGCUUCUCAUUGACCUCUCCAAAGCUUGCACCCUUGCUAAGUUUGCCUUAAGCUCCAGAUCUCAGGAUGAAGUGAGGGAAAAUAUUGCUUCUGGCAUGGCUGUACUCGGACCUACCUUCACAUUAGAUGCUCUGGUGGAGUGCUUAGUCAUUGGAGUGGGGACCAUGUCAGGUGUGAAGCAGUUGGAAAUCAUGUGUGGCUUUGGAUGCAUGUCUAUAUUAGCCAACUAUUUUGUGUUCAUGACUUUCUUCCCUGCAUGUGUCUCAUUGGUCUUAGAGUUGUCACGUGACAGCCAGGAGGGUCACCCAAUCUGGCAGCUAAGUGAUUUCUCCAGAGUGAUGGAGGAGGAGGACAACAAACCCAACCCUGUAACUCAGAGAGUCAAAAUGAUCAUGUCUCUCGGAUUGGUGAUGGUUCAUGCUCAUAGCCGCUGGAUUUCCAAACCACUUUCCUCAAACACAACAAUGAGUAAUGGACAAAUUGGCAUGGAGCUGGCUCAGUUAUCUUCAAGACGAAUUGAGCCAGAAGUCCCACUGUGGCACUUCUACCUUACCAAAAUGAUAACCAUGGACAUGGAGCAAGUGAUCUGUCUGACCUUGGCCCUCUUGCUGGCUAUCAAGUACAUUUUCUUUGAGCAAGUCGAAAUAGAGUCUACACUAUCCCUCAGGACCCCCAUCACUACGCCCAAACCUCCCCUUCCAAACCAGCAAUACAAUAACACCUGCUGCUUGAAGGAGCCUUCUGCACCCAGAUCUGCAGCACCCACACCUCUCUGCUGGGAGGACAGAGAUGAAGUUAUCAGGCCAUUUGCAGCCUCUACCACUGACUGCCAGUCAAAGAGCUUCUUUGUUAUUGGGGAGGAAGAUGGGGAGAUCCAGUCUGGGAGCACUGAGCCAAGUCUGCCGCAAAAUCUAAAUCCCAGAGGACUUGAUGACUGUGUGUCCAUCCUUAACAACCCAGAGUUAGGGACACUUCAUCUAAGUGAUGCUGAAGUGAUGCUGCUUGUGGCCUCCAAACACAUCCCAGCAUACAAACUGGAGACUUUGAUGGAGAAACCAGAGAGGGGAGUAGCUAUACGGAGACAGAUGGUGUCUGCAAAGCUUUCUUAUCCUUCUGCGCUCUCAUCCCUUCCAUACACCAACUAUGACUACUCCAAGGUUAUAGGUACCUGCUGUGAGAAUGUGAUUGGUUACAUCCCUGUACCAGUUGGAGUUGCAGGACCACUACAUCUGGAUGGUAAAGAGUUCCAGGUUCCCAUGGCAACAACAGAAGGCUGCUUAGUUGCAAGCACCAACCGUGGUUGUCGUGCAAUUGCACUGGCUGGAGGAGUCAGCAGCCGUAUCCUGGCUGAUGGCAUGACCCGUGGACCUGUGGUCAGACUCCCCUCUGCCUGCAAGGCUGCUGAGGUCAAGGCCUGGCUGGAGAGCCCAGAUGGUUUUCAGGACAUCACAGAAGCUUUUGACAACACCAGCAGGUUUGCUCGGCUACAAAAGUUGCUGGUUGGCCUGGCUGGGAGAAAUCUUUACAUUCGCUUCCAGUGCAGGACAGGAGAUGCCAUGGGAAUGAAUAUGAUCUCUAAGGGCACAGAGAAGGCUCUGAGCAGACUGCAGCAGCACUUCCCUGAGCUGCAGGUUGUUGCGGUCAGUGGGAACUACUGUACAGACAAGAAACCUGCUGCCAUCAACUGGAUCGAAGGCAGGGGCAAGUCUGCUGUCUGUGAAGCUACCAUUCCAGCUAAAGUGAUCCAAGAGGUUUUGAAGACAACAACAGAGGCACUGAUAGAAGUCAACAUCAGUAAGAACUUGGUGGGCUCAGCCAUGGCAGGUAGCAUUGGCGGAUUUAAUGCACAUGCAGCCAACCUGGUGGCUGCGAUCUACAUAGCCUGUGGACAGGAUCCAGCCCAGUCAGUAGGAAGCAGUAACUGCAUCACUCUCAUGGAGCCUUCUGGAUUAACAGGAAAGGACCUGUACAUUAGCUGCACAAUGCCCUCUAUAGAAGUGGGCACUGUAGGAGGAGGCACUAACCUGCCUCCUCAACAAGCCUGCCUCAAGAUGCUGGGUGUCCAAGGUGCCAGUCAGCAGUGUCCUGGGGAGAAUGCUUGCCAGCUGGCCAGGAUUGUAUGUGCCACAGUCCUGGCUGGAGAGCUCUCACUGAUGAGUGCUCUGGCUGCUGGGCACCUUGUAAGGAGUCACAUGACUCACAACAGAUCUAAGAUCGACUUACACGGGACUCAGACAACAUGCAGCAGGGGAGUUUCAAUGCAGAUUGAAAGAAGUUAGGUCUCUUCAAGAAACUCGUUCUGGAUGGAAGCGAUGAAACUCAUCCGAUUUGAAUGGGACCAAUCACUUAUGAGUAAAAAAACAUUUACAAGCUUGAGAAUAUGUUUUGUCCUAGUUCAAAAUAAAAAAAAAAUUCAAGCAACUCAA